CUGACGCUUUUAAUUUGCCCGUCUCUGACAUUCGAAUGGCAACACUACUUUAGACUGGCGUUUGGCCAAUUUGUCGUAGCAUCACCAACUACAUAAAAAAGGAAGUAUUUUUAAAAAAUAUUGAACGAUGUCCUGUGUAAAUAACCGCUGGCAGAUAUGUCGAGUUUGUUUAAAGAAUGGCAGCCACGAAUUAUAUCCAAUAUUUCAAGAAGUUGAGAAGACUUCGGAUUUGGGUAAUUUACCCCAGCAAAUACAGCUGUACGGAGGCAUUAAGAUUUGUGAUCAAAACAAUCUACCAAAUAAAAUAUGCAGCCGUUGUUUGCUGUUAUUGCGGGCCGCUUGCAAGUUCCGAGAUUUGUGUGAACAAUCUUAUGAACAAUUGAAACAGUUUAUAAAUCCUGUAAAUAUAGAAGAAGCACAGAUUGUGUUAAGUCCUGAUGACCAGGAUCAGGAUUGUAUUUUGCUAAAAACAAAUACACAGGAAGCGGAGGACAUUGAUAAUAAUGCUGGUGAAGGAAAUUUGGUGACGAUUAUGAAAAAUGAAUUUGACGUCCAGGAUAAUAUGCAAGGAAAUGAUAAUCAAGUAGAGGAAGAAAGGGAGAGAGACGAAGCAGACGACGACGACGAUGAGGAAGAUCAAUUCAUUUAUGAACAAUUAACCGAAAAUAGUCAAGAUCAUGAAUUUUUAGCUGAAGAAUCCAAUUCAUAUUCCCUGGAAGAUAAUAUACACAUAGAAUAUUAUGAUGGUACAAAUAAAGCAUCAUAUAAUAUCCAGUCAAUGGUGCAAGAGAGUACCACCAACAAUCAGGCAACAACUAAACCUGUUAGAGCCACCAAACGUAAACGAGGCAGAGCAAGCAAUAAUGAUAUUAAGCCCGAGGAGGGUGGUAUCUAUCGCUGUGAUUUUUGUGAAAAUGUAUAUCAGGACAAGGCAAAAUAUAUUUUGCACAUAAAAAUCCACAAGAAAGUUAAACCCCAUGAAUGCGAAAUAUGUGGCAAGCGAUUCUCUACAACGCCUCAGUUAUCGCGGCACAUGAAUUCACAUACAGGCAAUCGACCAUAUAAAUGCCAAUUUUGUGAUGCCAGUUUUGGAGAUCCAUCCACAAAAAUCAAACAUGAAAGAAUCCACACCAAUGAGCGGCCCUACAAAUGUACCCUUUGCCCAAAAUCAUUUGCUUAUUCCAAUGUUCUAAAAGUUCACAUGAUGGUGCACACUGGCGAGAAACCUCAUAGAUGUAGCUACUGUAAUAGAGCUUUCUCCCAGCUCCACCAUAGAAAUGCCCACGAGAAAUGCCAUACGCGUAAAAUAAUCGUUUUGGGCAAUGAGGAUAACGAUGAUUUCGACGAGGAAAUGAAAGAAUAUGAAUUGGAGAAAAGUUAAAUAAAUACGUUUAUUAGUGAAAGUACCUUAAGCAAAUAUAUAUGCACAUACCUACAUAGAGAAACGUACACAUUGUUAUGCAUAUUUUUGUAUGUGAAAGAAUAAUUUAUUUGGAAAUGGUAAUGCGCUUUGAAAAAAGUUGUAACUACAGGAUAUUUGAGUUCUAUACUUUAGAUGUAGAACAUUUAUUUUAGUGUAAAUUCUUACAAUUCGAACAUUCUAAUUGUAAUAUGAAUUUAUUUCUUUGUACUCUAAUUUUAAAAUUGACAUUUAA